GCACAUUGAAAUGGACACACUUUUUUAUCCGAAUAGGGUGCGUUCCAUCCAAAAGCUCUACACAUGCCAAGGCCAGGCCUAGAUUGAGCUUAUUUGGUUUCCCUCUACCCUUCUUUUUCUCAGAUUAAUUUGUUCUACAAAAAGAAAAAUAAUUUAAAAUUUUAAUUUCUCUGAUCAUGAAAGUGGCAGUGGUACUGUAGUAGUGAAAAACCAAGCAAAUAGCUCCCCUUCUUCAGACUCUCAACCCAUUUGCAGCUUUGUUUGGGUUAUUGAGCAGUGAAUCCCCAAAGCCCUCAAUCCCCAAUCCAAAUCCAGAAGCAGCAAAUAAGAGAGGAAAGAAACCAUGAAAAGGGAGCAUCAAAAUCUGGAUCCACAGGCUGCUGAACCUUCUUUUUCUGCUGCUGCUACUUGCGGCGGCGGCAACGGUAAAGCCAAGAUAUGGGGAGAGGAUGGUGGUAUGGAUGAGCUGUUGGCGGUUUUGGGUUACAAGGUCCGGUCGUCGGACAUGGCGGAUGUGGCGCAGAAGCUUGAGCAGCUUGAGGAAGUGAUGGGUAGUGUUCAAGAAGAUGGGAUUUCGCAUCUGGCGACGGAUACUGUUCACUACAAUCCGUCUGAUUUGUCGACUUGGCUUGAGAGUAUGCUCUCGGAGUUGAACCCUCCCACUAAUUUUUAUCCGGUGAUGGCCGGCCCGCUGUCACUGCCCCCCUCUUCUUCUUCUCUAGAUGAAUCUUUUCUCGCUCCGGCUGAAUCUUCUACCAUCACCUCCAUUGAUUUUGCCGAUCCUCCUACACGGCAACAACAGCAGAAUCGAGCGUUUGAAGAGUCUUCAUCUUCUGACUACGAUCUUCAGGCGAUACCUGGAAAGGCCAUCUAUACACAAAUCCAGUUCGAUUCUUCAUCUAGAGACCACAAACGCUUGAAAACCUCAUCUGGGUCCAGCUCCGAAAUGUUUCAAACACCUUCUGUGGGUUCAUAUUCUGUUGCUGCCGACUCAACCCGUCAAGUAGUUCUAGUUGACUCGCAAGAAAAUGGAAUUCGACUCGUCCACGCUCUAAUGGCCUGCGCCGAAGCCGUUCAAGAGAACAAUCUCAAUCUGGCCGAAGCUCUUGUGAAGCAGAUUCGGUACUUGGCGGCGUCCCAGGCGGGUGCGAUGCGAAAGGUCGCCACAUACUUCGCCGAAGCCCUGGCUCGCCGAAUCUACAGACUCUACCCUGAAUCCCCACUGGAACAUUCUUUCUCAGAAAUGCUCCAGAUGCACUUCUAUGAGAGCUGCCCUUACCUGAAAUUCGCUCACUUCACUGCUAACCAAGCAAUUCUUGAGGCCUUUGAAGGCAAGAAACGCGUCCACGUUGUGGAUUUCUCGAUGAAUCAAGGAAUGCAAUGGCCGGCUUUGAUGCAAGCCCUUGCUCUUCGUCCCGGAGGUUCACCAGUUUUCCGACUAACCGGGAUUGGACCACCUGCUACUGACAACUCCGACCAUUUGCAGGAAGUGGGUUGGAAAUUGGCUCAAUUGGCAGAGACGAUUCAUGUCGAGUUUGAAUACAGAGGGUUUGUGGCAAAUAGCUUAGCCGACUUGGAUGCUUCGAUGCUUGAACUCAGACCGAGUGAUGUUGAGUCAGUUGCAGUCAACUCGGUGUUCGAGUUGCACAAAUUGUUGUCUCGGCCGGGCGCCAUAGAAAAAGUGUUGAACGUGUUGAAGCAAAUGAAGCCGGAGAUUGUCACAAUCGUCGAGCAAGAAGCGAACCACAACGGUCCGACUUUCAUGGACCGGUUCACCGAGUCAUUGCAUUACUACUCGACUCUGUUUGACUCGUUAGAGGGCUCGGUUAGUUGCCAAGACAAGAUGAUGUCGGAGGUGUAUUUGGGGAAGCAGAUUUCCAAUGUGGUGGCGUGUGAAGGUGUGGACCGGGUGGAGCGACACGAGAAGCUGAGUCAGUGGCAAACUCGUCUGAACUCGGCCGGAUUCGAUCCAAUUCAUCUGGGGUCGAACGCGUUCAAGCAGGCGAGUAUGCUGUUGGCUCUAUUCGCGAGUGGGGAGGGUUACAGAGUGGAAGAGAACAAUGGGUGUCUGAUGCUGGGCUGGCAUACGCGACCACUCAUUGCCACCUCGGCUUGGCGACUCACCAAACAGACCGUUAUUCCUCUCUGAGUCGACUCGACUCAACGAGUCGGGUCAACCCAAAUCUGUAACAAAUUCAGCAAUCCAAAUAGCCUAGUGGGUGGGGGCCUAAUGUGUAAUGCUGCUGAGCUGGUUUUUCUGUUUAACUUUCUUGCUCUCCAUCUCUCUUUCUUUUUUGCUUACCUUUCUUUAGAUGUCUUUUUCUUGGGGUCCUUUUUUUGUGGGUGGAAUCUUUGGUAUUCUUCAUGGUCAAUAUGUAUUUAUUAUAUAUCUCUCUCUCCAUAUGGUUUGUUGGUAAUAAAAAUAAAACUUUUUUUAAA